GCUUAACUGCUUAGAUUUCAUUUGGGUAUUCCGACUCUCCGCCAAGGGAAACCUCUCCUCUGAUCGUUCUUCUCGCCUCCGACACCUCACUAUCAGCAGCAGCACUACUACUACUACUACUACUACUACUACUACAAUGGCACUCAAUCUUCGUCAAAAACAAACUGAGUGCAUAACGCGGAUGUUGAAUCUAAAUCAGCCGGUGAAUGCCGGAGGGACGGCGAACGAGGAGGUGUAUAAGAUCCUCAUCUACGACCGCUUCUGCCAGGACAUAUUGUCGCCGCUCAUCCAUGUAAAGGACCUCCGCAAGCACGGCGUCACCCUCUACUUCCUCAUCGACAAGGAUCGCAAACCCGUCCACGACGUUCCUGCCGUCUACUUUGUCCAGCCAACCCACUCCAACGUCCAGCGAAUCGUUUCCGACGCCUCCAAGUCUCUCUACGACUCCUUUCAUCUCAAUUUCUCUUCUUCCAUUCCUAGACCCUUGCUGGAGGAUCUGGCCUCAGGUACUAUCAGUUCAGACUCAAUUCAGAGGAUCUCAAAAGUGCAUGAUCAGUACUUGGAGUUUGUGACCCUUGAAGAUAAUUUAUUUUCACUUGCCAACAAGAAUUGCUAUGUUCAGUUGAAUGAUCCAUCAGCUGGAGAUAAAGAGAUUGAGGAGAUUAUUGAAAAGGUUGUGAGUGGUUUAUUUUGUGUUUUGGCUACGCUUUCUGUGGUACCAAUCAUCAGGUGCCCCCGUGGUGGACCAGCUGAGAUGGUGGCAUCAUUGUUGGAUCAGCGACUGCGGGACCAUUUAUUGGCAAAAAACAACUUAUUCUCUGAAGGUGGGAAUUUCGCUAGCUCAUUUCAGAGGCCUGUUCUGUGUUUAUUUGAUAGGAAUUUUGAGUUGCCGGUUGCUAUUCAGCAUGACUUUAGGUAUAGACCCCUUGUUCAUGAUGUUCUUGGGUUGAGAUUGAACAGGUUAAGUGUGCAAGGGGAGAAGAGUGGGAUGAAAUCUUUUGAGUUGGACAGAUCUGAUCCAUUCUGGAUGGCAAAUGGGUCAUUGGAAUUUCCAGAGGUGGCUUUAGAGAUUGAGAACCAGUUGAAUAAAUAUAAGAAGGAUGUUGAGGAGGUAAAUAGGCGAACAGGAGGUAAUGAUGGGGCCGAGUUUGAUGGAACAGAUUUGAUUGGCAAUACAAAGCAUUUGAUGAAUGCUGUUAAUUCCCUCCCUGAGCUGACUGAAAGAAAACAGGUUAUUGACAAGCACACUAAUAUUGCAACCGCAUUGUUGGGAGAAAUCAAGGAGAGGUCUCUAGAUACAUAUGCUAAAAAAGAGGAUGAUUUGAUGGUCAGAGGUGGCAUUGACCGCAGUGAGAUCCUUGGAGUGCUAAAAGGAAAAGGGACAAAGGUGGAUAAGCUCCGGUUUGCUAUCAUCUAUCUUAUUUCAAGUGAAAACAUCCCUCAAUCUGAAGUUGAAAUGGUUGAAGCUGCUCUUAGAGAGUCUGAGGUAGAUACAAGUGCAUUUCAGUAUGUAAAGAAGAUGAAAUCAUUAAAUGUUUCUUUAGCUUCGGCAAGUUCAGCCAGUAGGGGAAACAUUGUUGAUUGGGCAGAAAAGCUAUAUGGGCAGUCAAUCGGUGCUGUAACUGCUGGUGUGAAAAACCUAUUAGCCAGUGAUCACCAAUUAGCUUUGUCUAGAAUUGUUGAAGCACUAAUGGAGGGGAAGCCAAACCCUGAAGUUGAUCCUUACCUUAUUUUGGAUCCCCGUGCUCCCAAGUCAAGCGCUGGAUCAAGUAGCAGCCAUUUGAAAGGGCCAUUUAGAGAAGCUAUUGUGUUUAUGAUUGGAGGUGGAAAUUAUGUAGAAUAUGGUAGCUUGCAAGAUCUUGCACAUCGGCAGCAGCCACCCAAGCAUAUCAUAUAUGGAACCACAGAAAUUCUUACAGGAGGUGAGUUUGUUGAGCAGCUUGCAUUGCUGGGUAAGAAGAUGGGAUUAGGAAGCAGUGGGGUAGCUGCCCCAGCCCAGUAGCAUAUAUGGAUCUCAGAAGCAAACCAAUUGUGUUGUUCAGUGUGUCUUAGGAUGCGCUUUAAGCAGGACGAUGUUAUGGACAAAAUGAUAUAUUUGAACCCAGAAUGAGGUUUUUGGCCAUGAUGCUCAUUUUCUCUAUAUAUAUAUUGUAGAAAAGAUCUUGUUAUCUUGUUAUGCUUUCUGUAUUCUUUAUCUUUGAUGGUUUUUUGUUUCUCUCUUUUCUUUGUAAACGGAAGGAGCAUCCUUGGAAGUUGCAUUGAUAUUACUGAACAGUUCAUGUAGGUUCAUAGUGACGGACUUUUGUGUUGCAUUGUUAUUAUUGAACAGUUUUAGUUGAUGUAGGCUCACAAUGGACUUCACUGUGGUUCCAUAUGCGCACCAACCGUGCAUACUUUUUGUAUUACGUGUUUUCACUUUUGCCA